CCAAAUCACCUCCAAUUGUUCACACACUCGCACACAGCCACAGAACGAUCGAGCACACGACAUGGUGCGCGAGGGCGAGGCUACGAAGGCGCAUGGCCACGAGGUGACCGUCACGUCGAUGACGACGGUGGCGCCGGCGCUGCCGGUGCAGGAGCACCGCCUGGCGCUGUCCAACCUCGACCUCCUCCUGCCGCCCAUGGACGUCGGCGUCUUCUUCUGCUACGCCGGCGACGGCGCCGCGGCCGCGCUGCCGGCGAUCCUCAAGGCCGCCCUGGCGGAGGUGCUCGUGGCGUACUACCCGCUCGCCGGGGAGGUCGUGGCUAACGCCGCCGGCGAGGGGGAGCUGCUGUGCAGCGGCCGCGGCGUCGACUUCGCCGAGGCCAGCGCAGGCGACGCCGCGCUGUGUGAGCUCCGGCUUGGCGUGGUCGACGAGAGCGCCGAGAAGCUCGUGCCCAAGAAGAAGGCGGGCGUCAUGUGCGUGCAGGUGACCAAGUUCAAGUGCGGCGGCGCGGUCGUCGGCUGCACGUUCGACCACCGCGUCUGCGACGCCUACUCCUUCAACAUGUUCCUCGUCGCCUGGGCCGCCGCCGCCCGGGGCAGCUCCCCGUCGCCGGCGCCGUCAUUCGACCGGUCUUUGCUCGCGCCGAGUGUCCCGGCUCCGGCGUGCCCCCACGCGCUCGCGGACAGGCUCUUUGUCCCUGUCAGCUGUGUGCCGGCCCCGCCUGCUCCCACGGAGGCCGCCGCCAGCAACCGCAUCUUCCGCGUGACCGCCGCCGAUGUCGCGGCGCUGCAGGCCGCCGCGGGGCCCGGGCGCACCAAGCUGGAGGCGUUCACGGCCCACCUGUGGCAGCUCCACGCCAGGGCGGCGGCCGAGUCCCCGCGCCGGCGUCGUUCGUGCAGCAUGGGCGUCGUCGUCGACGGGCGCACGCGCCUCCGCCGCGACGGCGCCAUGAGGGCCUACUUCGGCAACGUGCUGACCAUACCGUACGGCGCCACGAGCCCCGGCCACCUGCGUGACAUGGCCCUCGCCGACGUCGCGGACGACGUGCACCGGUGGGUGGUGGAGGCGGCGACGGGCGAGCACUUCCGGGGCCUCGUCGACUGGGUGGAGGCGCUGCGGCCCGAGCCCUCGGUGGCGAGGGCCUACCUGGGCGGCGACGACGGCGCGGAGGCGGCGGCCUGCGUGGUGUCGUCGGGGAUGAGGAUGCCGGUCGGCGAGGUGGACUUCGGGUGGGGGCGGCCGGCGUUCGCGUCGUACCACUUCCCGUGGCCGGGCAGCGCCGGGUACGUGAUGCCGAUGCCGAGCGCGCGCGGGGACGGCGACUGGGUGGUGUACGUGCACGCGGCGCCGGAGGUGGUGAAGGCGAUGGAGGCGGAGCCGGCCACGGUGUUCCAGGCCAUCGAGCCCGACUACGUGUUCGGGCAGGCGUAGUGACGUAAGCGUGGCAAGAGACAUGCAUGCAAUCUACGUACGCGUGGGUUGUUAAUAAGUUGUCGGGAUCGAUGGCGCCAUCGUGCGUCGACGUACGUGCCAUGUAGAUCGUGUCGGUGUCUCUUGUGUGUGUACAAAUUAAGCAUGCAGGUCUAGUUCACGACCGAUUUGCUUUCGUCAUCGUGUAAUGUAUACUGUACGUACUGCAAGCAUCUCGAUGUUGUGCUUGUUUGUAAAUUGUAAUGUGGUACUACUUACGGUCGCAUGACUUUGUGCAUUUAAGGAAAAACGAUGUAUCGAGAUGCUUGCAGUACGUAGGUAAGAUUGGUGACAUAACACUGUACUGUGCACAUGUAUGCAGCA